AUGAUCUUUGCCGCCCGUCAACUUCAGGAGAAGUGCCAGGAGAUUCGGACCCACCUGUACUCUACCUUCGUGGACCUGACGAAAGCCUUCGACACGGUGAAUCGUGAAGGACUGUGGAAGAUCAUGCAGAAAUUCGGCUGUCCGGAGCGAUUCACUCAGAUGGUGCGUCAGCUGCACGACGGUAUGAUGGCGCGAGUCACGGACAACGGAGUUGUCUCAGAGGCAUUCGCAGUGACCAACGGAGUGAAGCAGGCAUGCGUGCUGGCGCCUACCCCGGGAUCCGCAUCGCCUACAGGACGGACGGUCGCCUGCUGA